UGCUGAGAAUUUUUGGGAAAGUGAAAAAUGCUGACCUUACAAGUACGACACUGUAGCUUCCUCUGUCCUAACGACAAAGUUCGAAGCUUUGGUAACGUCUUCGUGAAAAAUGGCGGCGGAUUAGUCACUGUAAUGUCGAAAAAGAGAGACUUUACGGAGAAAGCAAAGGAGAAACGACCUUUCUUGCAGAUCAAAGUCCCCAACACAAUCCUCGCUCGAUCUGCAAUCGCUGUUCUUGGUUUAGGAUUCAUCGAUGCUGGGUAUAGUGGUGAUUGGUCAAGAAUAGGUGUGCUCUCUAAAGAAACAGAGGAACUGCUCAAGCUUGCUGCUUUUCUUGUUGUUCCUCUCUGUAUCUUUCUUGGCCUUUCAUUCUCCAGUGAAUCAUCUGAUUAGAAGAAUGUGACAGUUUUUUUUUUUUUUUUUGUCACAAGUGUGACAGUUUGUUUACUUUGAAUAUUAUGUGUAUUAGCACAUUGUGACAGUUUGUUUACUUUUGAAAAAUUCUUGGUAGAUGAAAAAAUCAUUAUAACAUUUUACACAAUUUGUUACUUGCUUCAAAAGGCACAAGAAGGCGAAGCGCGUCGAAAAUCCAUGAUAAGAAGAGAUGCAACACUAUGAGCAAGAGCUCCUAACACUACAAACACAUGGAAUAUCUGAUGGCUAUGUCCCGCAACAUCGAAAGCUCCAGGCUUCCAUCUCUCGGGUAUACGGCUCACAUAAAAACCUGCUCCCGUUGCGUACAACACAGCCAUCGCUAGCUCGUAGACGAGGGCGAUAAGCACGUUGGGGUGAUCCUUGUGAAGGUAGACCAAAUGCGAGACGGGUACGAUACCAGAGAACCCCAUCGUUAGGAAAAGAGCUGCUCUGAAAGGUCUGAAACGCGGAGCUGAGAGGGCUGGAGAGAGGAGAGUGAAGAUGGCGAGGAGACCGAGGAUUGAGAUUGAGGAGAGGUAGAAGAGACGCCAGUAAGGGUGGCAAGAGAAUGCGUAGUAGAGAGGUGCGAAGAAGGAGGAGACGAUCAUUAGGGAGAUUCCUGCGUAGUCUAGGCGCCAGAAGAAGAGGUUGAAUUUUCUUGAGUGGCAGGCGAAGAGGUGUGACAGGGAGCUGCACAUCAAGCAGGCCAUUGCUCCGGAUAAGAACAAGAGCCAUGGCCAUUUUGGAACUGUUUCGUGGUUAACUUCUUCUCCUUGAUGGUUCAAGAACGAGCUAGUGUGUGUCACGUUCGAAUCCUGCUAAGAGACACAUGGUGAGGGAAAGUUACCACUUAGAAUAGAGUAAAAUUGCAAUGAGCUUAUCAUAUGUUUACAAGAGCCUGCGAUUAUUAACCGAACUAAAAAAUUAGUUUAAUUCAGUUAAGAAGUUUGGUUCGAUUCGGCAA